AUGGUUCCACAGGACUGUCUCAGAGAACUGAUGGUUCCACAGGUCUGUCUCAGAGAACUGAUGGUUCCACAGGUCUGUCUCAGAGAACUGAUGGUUCCACAGGACUGUUUCAGAGAACUGGUGGUUCCACAUGUCUGUCUCAGAGAACUGAUGGUUCCACAGGUCUGUCUCAGAGAACUGAUGGUUCCACAGGUCUGUCUCAGAGAACUGAUGGUUCCACAGGUCUGUCUCAGAGAACUGAUGGUUCCACAUGACUGGCUCAGAGAACUGAUGGUUCCACAGAACUGUCUCAGAGAACUGAUGGUUCCACAGAUCUGUCUCAGAGAACUGAUGGUUCCACAGGACUGCCUCAGAGAACUGAUGGUUCCACAGGUCUGUCUCAGAGAACUGAUGGUUCCACAGGACUGUCUCAGAGAACUGAUGGUUCCACAGGACUGUCUCAGAGAACUGAUGGUUCCACAGGACUGUCUCAGAGAACUGAUGGUUCCACAGGUCUGUCUCAGAGAACUGAUGGUUCCACAGGACUGUCUCAGAGAACUGAUGGUUCCACAGGUCUGUCUCAGAGAACUGAUGUUUCCACAGGACUGCCUCAGAGAACUGAUGGUUCCACAGGUCUGUCUCAGAGAACUGAUGGUUCCACAGGUCUGUCUCAGAGAACUGAUGGUUCCACAGGACUGCCUCAGAGAACUGAUGGUUCCACGGGUCUGUCUCAGAGAACUGAUGGUUCCACAGGACUGUCUCAGAGAACUGAUGGUUCCACAGGUCUGUCUCAGAGAACUGAUGGUUCCACAGGUCUGUCUCAGACAUUGUUGUUUUCUAGAAAUGUUCUCAAGCUUUUCCUCAUUGUUAUCUCCAGGCUUUCAUUAA